AUGGACGAGGAACUACCAGUGACUUCGGGAACCUCACAAACCUCGGACUCAAGCACCUCACAAACCUCGGACUCAGGCAUCUCCACUCCUAGGCCCACACGGUCUUCUACGACUUCCCUCUCCACGACUUCAAGCACGACACAGACCCCCGCGCCGACCGACGAUGGAAAUGGAAGCGGCAGCGGGGCCAACGUCGGAGCCAUCGUCGGAGGAGCCUUGGGGGGGCUCGCUGCUCUCGCCGCCGUGGGCGUGGCGGCCUGGCUGCUUCUUCGCCGCCGCAAGAACCCAACCCCCGAGAUCCCCGUGCUUCAGGUUACACAACGGAAUCCUAGCACCUACUCCAUGGUCCCGCAGAGCUACGAUUCGCAAAUAAAUGUCAAUAGUCAGCACGUCAGGUAG